UAUACAUAGUCUGUCUCUAGAUGCUCCAAGAGACAAUUUGAACGAUAAAUAGCAACUGGCAAGGAUUCAGGGAAAAACACAACAUGUUGUGUUUCAAAUUGAAUUUGGUGGGAAUGAAGGGUUUGAUAUGUUUGAUGUGGUUGUCGAUGUGGGUCUCUCAAUCCAAAGGCCGAUUACUGUCGAUCCCGUCAAAACCCGACCCAAAUGAUGCUGCUGCCACUGCUCGUUGGCUCGUCUCUCUCAAUUUCUGGGGAGUCCUGAACACUAUCUCAUCUGAUUUAGGUGGUGCUCCCUUUGGAAAUGUAGUGUCGUAUAGUGAUGGACUCCCCGGUGCAGGCACCGGAAUCCCUUACUUUUACUUGACAAGUCUGGACCCAACAGCAAGAAAUGCACUGCAAAAUGAUAAAGCUUCAUUCACAGUCAGUGAAUACCCUCUUGGGACCUGUCUCAAGAAAGAUCCGAUGAACCCUACUUGCUCAAAAAUUUCUCUAACUGGAAAGCUGAAAUUGAUUGAUCAAAAUUCCAAGGAAGCCGAAUUUGCUAGAAAAGCCUUGUUCUCCAAGCAUCCAGAGAUGAAAGGCUGGCCGAAGGAUCACAACUUUCAAAUCUUCAAAUUAGAUAUUGAAAAUAUAUUUCUAAUUGAUUGGUUCGGUGGUCCAAAACCACUCACAGUGGAACAGUACCUUCAUCCCAAAAUGAACAAUGUUGCCAUCAUUCUCUGAGUGCUCCCGAAUUGCUAUUCCUAUUGUGGGCUGUAAUUGUACCAUGGAAUUGUAAAUUGAUAUACUGUCUUUUGAAUUGUGUAUUCCUUCCAAAAUACUCUUGGGCCAUGGUUCUUUAUUCCUGUAUAUUUGAACUCUGUACAGGUUUAUAAUCUUGGAUUCUUGCCCUUUGUGUUGUGGCUAUUAUCUCUGAGAACACUGCAAUCAUUAAGAGAAAUAAAAGGUAUCCGAGAGCAAUAAUUUAUUACAAUAA